GGGAAAGCUAUUAAGCCCUGAUAAAAGGUUAGAAAGAAAACAAAGAAAGACAACACAUUUUCUGUAUUCUCUCUCUUUGAAAGGAGCUCAUUCAAAAAAAAUUUGAUAUGGAAGACUACAGAAGGACUCAUUUGCCUGCGUUUGGGAGUUGGGAUUGGAACGACAAUGUUCCAUUCACUGAGUGUUUUGAGUCAGCUAGACAAGCUGGCUUACUACGCUAUAGCUACUCUGAAGAUCGUGAUUUGUACGUAACAGGGGAUUUGUAUGAGAAUGAUGUCGUUACACCUGCAAUGAUUGUCGUUCCUCGUAGAAGGACCAAAGCUCGAGACUCAUGCCAUGAAAAAGAGGCCAAACAACAUGAGUACCAAAGUUGGGUAAGUGAUGAGUUGAAAGAGAUUGCUCCUCCUAUGCCAAGGCCAACCCCUAAGCCAGUAGAUGAAGACCUCUAUAGAAUCUCACCCGAACUCCUCUUCAAAAAACACAAAAAGAAGAGAGGGCUGAGUUUCUUCUCAAGUUGCUUGUUGCCUACUUGCAUUGCGUGAAGCUUUGACAAUAUAAUUCUAUAGUAGACUAGUAGUACUACGUACAUAUAGAUAAGAAGAGAGAGAGAGAGAAUGUGAUGUUUGGGUCUUUUUUUUUUAAUGUGUAAAUGUGUUCCUUCCAUUGGACCUUUUGGUGGGGUGUGGGACAUGGCAUAUAUAUGGUGAUGUUUGUAAGACCAAAAAAAUAUUCUUAAUUACUAGUCAUUUUAAUUAAGUGACACUAUUAUAUGAAGGUGGUACUUGAUCUUGAAGUAUAUUUAAUUUGGUUUUUGGUUAAUUUUUGGGUAUGUAUCUUUUGGAUCUUUUUAAUGUGACAAAAGAGAAAUAGAGGAGAGACAAUGUUAAUUAAUAUAAAGUGUUUUGUAAAAA